GUCAUAAUUAAUCUGCUUCAGUUGAGAAAUUUCUGGUUGCAACAUCUUUUGGACUGUUGAGAACAGAGCAUGCUUCAGUGACAGCUGCCUCUGGAAGGAGCUGGAAUCACCUGAAGCUCCCAAGACUUGAAGACAGAUCCCCGGAGGAUUCAGGCAGACCCCAAAUGUGGCAGCUUCUAGCAGCAGCAUGCUGGAUACUUCUUCUUGGACCUCUAUAUGGUUGUCACAAGAAAGGAAGCAUCACAAAUCCUGAAGCUCAUAUGAAUAUUAUUAGAUGUUUUUCCUCUUUUCAGAGCCAAGUUAUUUCGUACUGGGGUUAUCCUUAUGAAAAUUAUGAUGUUGUGACAAAAGAUGGCUAUGUCCUCGGAAUUUACAGGAUUCCUCACGGGAGAGGAUGUCCAAGAACAGAUCCAAGACCUGUUGUGUAUUUGCAACAUGGCUUAGUCGCAUCUGCCAGUAACUGGAUUUGCAACUUGCCCAACAACAGCUUGGCUUUCCUUCUAGCAGAUACUGGUUAUGAUGUGUGGAUGGGGAAUAGCCGGGGAAAUACCUGGUCCAGAAAACACUUGAAAUUCUCACCCAAAUCACCAGAAUUCUGGGCCUUCAGUGUGGAUGAGAUGGCUAAAUAUGAUCUUCCAGCCACGAUUGAUUUUAUUGUAGAGAAAACUGGACAGGAGCGACUCUUCUAUGUGGGCCACUCCCAAGGCACCACCAUCGCUUUCAUAGCAUUCUCUACAAAUCCAGAGCUGGCUAAAAGGAUUAAAAUAUUUUUUGCAUUGGCUCCAGUCAUUACAGUGAAAUACACCCACAGUCCUCUGAGAAAAUUAACAAAUCUUUCCAGAGAAGGAGUCAAGGUGUUAUUUGGUGACAAGAUGUUCUCUCCUCAUACAUUUCUUGAACAAUUCAUUGCCACCAAAGUGUGCAACCAGAAGCUAUUUCAUCGUAUUUGCAGCAACUUCCUAUUUUCUUUUUGUGGAUUUGAUCCAAAAAACUUAAACAUGAGUCGCUUGGAUGUUUACUUGGCACAUAGCCCGGCAGGAACAUCUGUUCAGAACAUGCUCCACUGGGCCCAGGCGGUUCAUUCUGGUGUGUUCCAAGCUUUUGAUUGGGGAAACCCUUAUCAGAACAUGAUACACUUCCAGCAGUUUACGCCUCCCUUAUACAACAUUACUAAGAUGGACGUGCCAACAGCAAUGUGGAGUGGUGGACAUGACAUUGUGGCUGAUCCCAGGGACAUUGAAAGUUUACUCCCGAACAUCACCAGACUUAUUUAUUACAAAUGUAUUCCACACUACAAUCAUGUGGAUUUUUACCUUGGACAGGAUGUUACCCAGGAAAUUUACCAGCACCUAAUUAGAAUGAUGGAGGACUAUUGCUAAAAUGAAACACACUCACCUUUUCCUAAGCAGCAAGUUUCCAUGAGAAUAAUGUGGCACACAGACCCAAAGGAAAGCCUGCAUUUGAGAAAGCAGCCUGGCCAACACUUGGAUUGCAGCCUGGGGACACCUUGAGCAGAGGACCUAGCUAUGCCAUGCCUGAGUACUGACCCACAGAAACAGUGAGACCCUGGCAGCCACCAUUCUACUCUUUGCAUCCAAAAGUUUGACUAUUUUAUAUACUAUUUUAUAUACAUGGAAUUAUGAAGUAUUUGUCCUUCUGUAACUGGCUUAUUUCACUUAGUAUAAUGUCCUUUAGGUUCAUCUAUGUUGUUGCAAAUGGAAACAUGUCUUUUUUGAAGUCUUAAUUACUAUUGUAUGUAUAUACCAUGUUUUUCUUAUCCAUUUGUUCAUCAAUGAACAUUUAGAUUGCUUCCAUACAUUGGCUAUUGUGAAUAAUGUUGGAAUGAACCCAGGGUACAUAUAUCUUUUCAAGAUCUUAAUCUCAAUUCUAUUGUAUAUAUGCACAGAAAUGGGAUUGCUGGAUCACAUGGUAGUUCUAUUUUCAAUUUUUUGAGAAACCUCCAGAGCAAUGUCACCAUUUUGUAUCUCCACCAACAAUGUACAAAGGUACUAAUUUUUCCACAUCCUUGACAACAUUUGUCUUUUGUUUUUUGAUAAUAGCCAUCCUAACAGGUGUGAGGUCAUAUCUUAUAAUGAUUUUGAUUAACAUUUCCCUGGUGAUUAGUGAUGAUUGAAAGAAGACAAAGAUUUGGCUCCCAGAAUUUCUAGCUGGGCAGAUUGGUGAAUUAUUAUAAUUUUGCCUUCAUUUCUGAAAGAUUUUUUUUCUGACAAUAGACUUUUAGAUUGUUCUUCUUCAUAAUUAGUUGUUAUUCUUUCAGUGCUUUAAAAUUGUUGGUUGACUUUUGGAAUGCAUAGUUUCUGAUAAGUAUGCAAUACCAUAUAGGUUUCUUUGUACUUAAUGGACCUUUUUUGUUUUUAAAUAUACUUUUUGCCAAUAAUUGCCAGCAAUUUGAUUUGGGCAAACCUGGUUGUGGUUUCGUGUGUAUUUUACUUGGAAUUAUAAAAGCUUCUUAUAUCUGGGCAUAUACAGCUUUCAUCAAAUUUGGAAAAAUUUUGUCCAUGAUUUCUUCAAAUAUCUUCUGUGCUUUACUUUUUCUGGGUCUCAAUACAUAUAUGUUAGACCACUUGCAGUUGACUCACAAGUCACUGAAGCUGUGUUUUCCCCCCAGUAUUUUUCUCUGUGUGCUUUAUUUGAGACAGUUUCUGUUCCUAUGGCUUCACAUUCAUAAAUCUUUUCCUUUGCACUGUCUAAUCUGCUGUAACUAUAGCUGGUGCAUUUUUAAAAUUUUGGAUACUGUAUUUUUCAUCUCUAGAAAUUCCAUUUAGGUCUUUUUUAUAUUUUCUGUACCUUUCUUCCUUACUUUCAUGUUUUUCUUUAAAUCUUAACAUCAUACACGUAUUUUAAUACCCGUUUUAACAUACCUUCUGUUUAUUUUAAUUUUCUCUGUCAUUUGUGCAUUUGUUCUAUAGAUUACCUUUCUUCUGACUAACGGUUAUAUUUUCUUGCUUCAAUUCCAUACUUAAAAUUUUUUAUUGGGUGCCAGACUUUGAAUUUUGCAUUGCUGAGUACAGACUUUAGAAAUUGCUGGUAGGCAGAAAGCUAAGGUUUUCAUAGGGUUCACCUUACUUGUUUUCAUCACAGUGCUGCCUGCUUGCCAAUGUCUGACAACUGUUGUUUAUUACUUUGGUUCCAUUUUCUAAUUUUUAUGAUAGGACGAUAACUCCAGACCCUGUUAUUCUCUCAUGACUAAAAGCAAAAGUCAAGAUUCUUUUGAAAAAUUAUAUCAUUCUGCUAAUGUGUAACCAGUAUAACUUCACAUAAAGAAGGAUUCUGAACACUGGCAGCUUCUAGAAGGAAGAAAACUUUCACAUGGAAUCACUUUUCAGUUUAACCAUAAGCCUACUUUGUGCAGGACUUGAGUCUGGAGAUAUGGGAGGAAAGAAGAAAACCAGGUUCUUACCCUUAUGACUUCUAUAUUGAGUUUAAAAUAUGAUGGGAAAUUUCAACCAGUGAGGAUGUGUUCUGAUCCUGCCACUGCGGGUCGUGGAUGUCAUCACAGGCAAUAACCAGCACUCUUGGUAAUAACUUCUCUUUAAAUCUGCACGGUAUUUGAAGAUGGGUCUAGUGUAGUGGAGCUGAAACUGAGACGCAUUG